AUGUUUCCCAUUAAACAAGUGUUGUUCUCACGUGCCAUGGCUGCUACUGCUUCGGCCACCCCAGAGACAAUGGCCAGAUCAUCACUUUUGCGUCCUAUGUCAUUCGUCUUGUUUGGUAACCAGUAUCUUGAGUCACUAAGAACAAACAGUUCAUCCAAUGACCGUACUUCCAAAACAUUAGAGGGCAUCAGAGUAUCCAACAAGGACAGUGAAAAGUCAGCUGUCAAUGCCAAAGACUGGCUCCAUAACCUACACAAGAAGAAUGGUGCCAACCAUUUGUCCUUGUCAAGAAGUAGUGCACCAAACACUCAUAUACGUGCUGCCGGUUUGAGUCCAGAGUUGGUAUUGAUAACCAGUGGAUUUGAGGACAAGACCCAUCAGGCCUGGAAGUUUGCCAAUGACGAGCGUCAGGAUGGUUCGCUUGUCAUCACGUCUGCACCAAAGUCUCCACUCAAUGACUACCUCUUGUGGCGCAAGAUAGCUCUUGGCGACGUCCGAGAGCGAUUCAAGGAGGCCUUGGAGAGGAUUCGUGACUUUACUCUCCUUCAUGUUCACCAAAUGGACUUGAUCCCAAAGACUUCCCAGUUGGCCUUUCUCAACAAUCUGGCUGAAGCAGAGAAAUUCAUUCAUAUGGAUGUGAUGCUGACCACAAAGAAGGAUUUGAACAAGCUGUACGACUUUUUGAACCUGCCAAAGGACUUUGGAUCAUCGUCUCAAGCACGUGUUGCCCUGCAGAUAUUGAAUGCAACAGCAUUGGCAUGGAUUGACUCACCAAUCACAACACCAUCAUCCACCAACCAAGAAUUGAACAAGCAGUAUGUCAAGUUGUCCAAGGAGUUGUACGAGUCGCUCUUGGAUUCAAUGGUGUGCUCAAUCAACUAUAUCGAGUAG